GCAUCCGCUCGCUAACGAUUUUCGGGUCGGCCGCACAGCUCUCAUCUUCAACCUCAACAAAAUCCAUCAACCACCACCACAGCUUGAUAUCUACCUCUCAGGCACACAUUCGCAAAAAUGGCUGACCCCCGCGUUGAAGAAAUCCACGAUGACGAGGUCUCCAAGACCGUCGAGGAGAGCUCCUCUGAGUCUGGCUCCGAGGCUGGCGAUGAGCCCAACAUCCCCGCCGGUGCCUCCGUCGCUGUCCACUCCCGUGGUGAGAAGAAGGCCCGCAAGGCCAUUGGCAAGCUCGGUCUGAAGCUCGUUCCUGGCAUCACCCGUGUCACUCUCCGCCGCCCCAAGAACAUCCUCUUCGUUGUCAACCAGCCCGAGGUCUACCGCUCCCCCAACAGCAACUGCUGGAUCAUCUUCGGUGAGGCCAAGAUUGAGGACCUGAACUCUCAGGCCCAGGCUUCCGCCGCCCAGCAGCUCGCUGCCUCCGAGGCCGCCGGUGACCACGCCGGUCACGACCACGAGGAGAUCCUCGGCAAGGGCAAGGCCCCCGAGGCUGAGGCCAAGAAUGAAGAGGAGGAAGAUGAUGGUGAGGAAGUUGACGAGUCUGGCCUUGAGUCCAAGGACAUCGAGUUGGUCAUGGCACAGGCAAACGUUUCCCGCAAGAAGGCCGUCAAGGCUCUUCGGGAGAACGACAACGAUAUCGUCAACUCCAUCAUGGCCCUCAGCAUAUAAUGAAUGCGCUCCAUUAAGGUUCUAGGGAUUGGACGAUGGUGAUGCCCAUAGUUGUACACAAAUAGCCCAAAAACAAUUGAACCACGACUUGUUCGAAAUCUGUCA